UCCAACGAAACAUUCAGUCGUUCUUGAUCCGCGAACAGGUUCACAUCGAUUGUCAGAGUCUCGAUUUCUACAAUAGACCGAUUUAUAGAUUGCAAGAAAAUGUCGACGUACAAGUUAUUAUAUUUCAACAUUACCGGCCUUGGAGAAUCAAUUAGGUUCUUGUUAAGUCACUGUGGUAUUAAAUUUGAGGAUGUUAGGCUUACCUUCGAUGAUUGGCCAAAACAUAAAUCAAACGUGCCUAUGGGACAAGUGCCAGUACUGGAAAUUGACGGGAAGCAAUAUCAUCAGUCCAGGGCCAUCGGACGAUUCAUCGCCAAGAAAGGCAAUUUAUAUGGGUCUGAUGAUUUCGAGGCCAUGGAGAUUGAUGCUACAAUUGAUUCUAUGGACGACAUAAGAUUAGUGUUAUCUCAAUAUUACUGGGAAAAAGAUCCCGCUUUCAAAGAGAAACUCAAAGAGACUGCCUUCCAAAAAUUGCCCUAUUAUCUCGACAAAUUCGAAGCUCAAGUUAAAAAGAACGGCGGAUAUUUCGUUGGUGGCAAGCUGUCGUGGGCAGACUUCCUGUGGGCUGCAUAUUUUGAUUAUCUGAGUUUUGUUCUGGAGGAUGAUCCGAAUAAGGAUCAUCCCGAAUUGAAGAAACUAGUGGAGAAAGUUCGUGGUUUGCCCAAUCUUAAAGCUUACAUUGAAAAGCGACCCACAACUCAAUUGUAAAUAAAACGAUUUAUACUUAUUUAUGCUCUUUCAUUGAUUUGUUACAUCGUUUUGUAAUAACUAUUCUAUCUCAAAAUGUUUUGUAAAAAGAAUAGUGUGCUAAUGUAUUACAUCCGAAUAGCUUUAAUCAGUUU